AUGCAAACUGCGCAGUCCCGAAGAGCCACUAUUGCUUUCAAGAGUCUCUUUCAAGGCGAGGUUCUUGCAGCCUUUUUCAGAGCUACCCUUCUUGCCCGAUCACGCAUCACCCAUGCACGAAACAACUUUGAGGAAUCUAAAGAGCCCACUCCUGAGUACUUGCUGCAGACCUCGCGCCUCACAGAUACCAUCGAUCGUGUGAUGCGAGACUUUCGACAGAACUACCAAUUCGGCCAUUAUAAGCUUUUCAAAGCCUAUGGCUUUGGAGCAGCACAGUUCUCCGACACUGAAGAUGAAGCAGAGUAUGGUUGGAUCUCUGGGCAGGAUGAUAUCGAGGAGACAGAGGAGCAGGACGCCGAUGGCAGUACUGCUUUGACCGAGGAUGGCAUUGCUACAAUGAAUGAGGGCAAUGCUGCCAUGAACGAAGAUUAUGAUGCUGCAAUGUACGAGGAUGACGAUGCUGGCAUUGACGAGGAGUGUGGCGAUGUUGCUAUGACUACGGAUGGCCAGGGCGACGUACCUGCUUUCAGCACUGUCAAACUCGCCCGUCGAGCCCGCUAA